AUGUCAGAUAGAUUGUCCCAGUUGCAAGACCUUAUCAAUGAAUUGGCAUCAUUUAUGACAAAUGCGAUUGGGGUGCUACAAGCCACAGCUCCUCCGUGUGAUUUUGAUCGCUGUAAUCCGGAACUCGAAGAAGAAACCAACUGUCAGUUAUUUGCGGCACAUAUAGCCAGGAUUGCGAAGGAUAUCGAGGCAUGUAUUUUGAUCGAUUCUUUCCCAAUCGAUGACGCUGGAAAUGGUGAUACUGUUGAGCAACUAUUGCAAACAGAUGCUGAAAGAUCUAGGGUAGCUCGCGAACUUGAAAGCAUUGUUACUGAUGGCGAACAACUUGUUGACCGAAUUCUACAACGCCUUUCUGAUGUGGCUCGGGUUCAGAUCAUGUCACGACCGAUGUGCUGA